ACAGCACACCCCGCGCUGGACGCGUUCUGACCGUCUGCACGGAUCGCACUCUGUCUGGGGCUCUGCGUUACGCAUUCCGCUUGGAUCCUUCGAAAAGCGUCUUUACCGUUGCGGUCGACAGCAGCAUUGAAGCCUAUGUGGAACAGUCGCAAAGUGAAAACCAACUUUACGCGUUCAGUUUCUCAAGAAUGGUUUUAUUGUUGAGCACGCGGAUAUUUCGCGUUUUUAUGGAAUCGUAGAAGAGCAACCGUGUAGAAACGCUUUCGCUUUCCUUUGGAGGCCAAAUGUGCGAUGAGAUGAGCGCAGAGGAAAAGUGUUUUUGUGAUCAGAUUUCCUUGAGUUUGUGAGACUGUUAUCUUGGGAUGGUUGCAGCUGUCUCUUGGUGGAGGAGCGGCGUCUCUCCACUUCGACUGAAACAAAGCUAAUGUAGCGACUUAAAGUGGAGCACCUUCGCGUAAAACAGUGGAAACUUGCUACAGAUCAACUGGAGAGGGCUUGUAGAGUUGUAAAAUGAAUCUUAUGGAAAACAAAGGAGGAUAUUCGACCGCUGCUUAAUGUGCAGAGCACAAAACCAUGAUAAAUCGACCCAUCUAAUGUUGCGUCGAGUCAAUAUUUUGACCAUGACUUAAAAGGAGUGCUGACCUGCGUCUUUGCUUGAUGGCUUUUGACGAAUUUGCGUCGUGUUUAGAUAUAAACAACAACAAAAGGCUUUCUGGGCUAUUUAUAUGCUAAUCUAUCCCCCUCUUCUUGCCGUGUGAAUCUCAGCGAAGGCAGGAGGGAUGUCGCUGGGCGCUUCUUGCGUCCUUUUACUGGCUUUCGUGCUGCUCAGGAGCUCGAGCUCUGCUGGAUCCUCUGAAUGUAAAUCAUACGAUGAACGCUCCAGAAGUGCGGGGAAAAGCUCUCCGUCUGGGGCCACGCUGGACAGAAAAGUGGUCUGCAGUAACAUGGAGCUCCAUCAGGUGCCUUCACCAGAGUCAUUUCCCAACAGAACAGUCUCACUUGACGUAAAGAACAACAUAAUCGCACAUAUUGAACCGGGAGCUUUUUAUGGACUUUUCGCCCUCAAAAGACUAGACUUGUCCAAAAACCUGAUCGGCUGCCUCCAUGUGGACGUCUUCAAAGGCCUCACAAACCUUGUUAAACUUAACCUUUCGGAGAACAAGUUUUCUUCACUGUCUCAAGGGAUUUUCGACAGCCUCGGCUCUCUGAAAAUACUGGAGUUUGAUAGCCCUUAUCUUCUGUGCGACUGUAACCUGCGAUGGCUGGUGGUCUGGAUCAAAGAGAAGGUGAUCGGGGUGAAGGAGACUCGCUGCUCGUUCCCUCGCUCCCUACAGGGUCAGCUGAUAACCUCGCUCAGGCCCGAAACACUCACCUGUGACGCUCCUCUAGAGCUUCCCUCCUUCCAGAUGACUCCGUCCCAGCAUCAGAUCGUCUUCCAGGGAGACAGCCUGCCAUUUCAGUGCAUGGCCUCUUUCGUGGACGAGGACAUGCAGGUUCUGUGGUAUCAGGACGGGAAGAUGGUGGAACCUGAUGCCACUCAGGGCAUCUACAUAGAGAAAAGCAUGGUGCAGAAUUGCUCUUUAAUAGCCAGCGCCUUGACCAUUUCCAACAUCCAACCGGGAUUCACCGGGAACUGGGAGUGUCGCGUGCGCACCAGUCGAGGCAACAACACCAGGACGGUCCACAUCGUGGUUCUGGAGAGCUCUGCCAAAUACUGCUUGCCAGAUCGGGUGUCAAACAACAAGGGGGACUACAGAUGGCCUCGGACACUGGCUGGGAUUACUGCAUACUUGCCCUGUAAGCGGCAGGUGAGCGGAGCUGGCAUUUACUCGGGCAGCUCGGCGGAAGAGCUGCGUGCGUGGAGGCGAUGUGACCGCAGUGGACAGUGGGCAGAGGACGACUACUCACGCUGUGAAUAUAUGAAAGACGUCACGCGUGUGCUUUAUAUCAUCAAUCAGAUGCCUCUGAAUCUGACCAAUGCGGUUCAGACGGCGCAGCAGCUGUUGGCUUACACCGCAGAGGCGCCCAACUUCUCUGACAAAGUGGAUGUGAUAUUUGUGGCGGAGAUGAUUGAAAAAAUCGGCAAGUUUGCCGAGAAGUAUAAAGAGCUGGGAGAUGUGAUGGUGGAUAUCUCCAGUAAUCUAAUGCUGGCUGAUGAGCGAGUGUUAUGGAUGGCUCAGAGGGAGGCGCGAGCUUGCUCACGUAUCGUCGAGUGCCUGCAGAGAAUUGCCGUUCUCCGAAUCAGUAAUGGAGCUCUGGCCUAUUCUACUAACUCUCAUAACAUUGCUCUGGAGGCUCAUGCCAUCAAGGCCAGCAGCUUCAAUGGAAUGACCUGCACUCUGUUCCAGAAGCUCUCACCGGAGCGCACACCCGUGGCCCAUUUCUCUCCCAGAGACCCCGACAUCAACCCGGAGCGCCAGCUCAGCUUCAAAUGCAACGUGACCAGCAACCUGUCUGCACUGGCUCUCAAAAACACUGUAGUGGAGGCGUCUCUCCAGCUUCCCCCGUCGCUCUUCUCGUCUCUGGCAAGCUCAGGUCAGGCUGAAGAAGCCGUCUAUAAGCUACACCUGCUGGCCUUCCGCAACGGCAAACUCUUUCCUCCGACGGGCAACUCCACCCUCUUGAGCGACGGCAGUAAGAGGAAGAGUGUGGUCACACCUGUGAUCCUCACAAAGAUCGAAGGCUUCCCGCUGAAGAACCUGCAGAGUCCAGUGAACGCGACCCUGCGGCGCUUCCUGCACGGCUCAGACGCUGUGCCCUCCUUCUGGAACUUCAGUCUGCUGGGUGGACAGGGCGGCUGGCAGAGCGACGGCUGCCGGAUCCUGCAUCAGGACGACAACUUCACCACAAUGUCCUGCCAUUCACUGAACAGCUACGCUUUACUGAUGGAUCUGAACAGGACCGGGAAUGACACGUACAGCUUCGAACCUCUUCACCCUGUUGUCUACGCCACCGCCAUCAUCCUGGUGCUCUGCCUGCUGUCAGUCAUAGUCAGUUAUAUCUACCACCACGAGUCGGUGCGUGUGAGUAAGAAGUGCUGGCACAUGCUGGUUAACCUGUGCUUGCAUAUUCUUCUCACCUGUGCUGUGUUUGUGGGUGGCAUCAACCAAACGUACAAUGCAAGCGUUUGUCAAGCGGUGGGAAUAGUGCUGCAUUACUCCACGCUGGCUACGGCCUUGUGGUCCGGCGUAACGGCACGCAACAUCUACAACCAGGUGACGCGGAAGGCCAAACGCUACGAGGAGCUGGACGAGCCUCCGCCUCCACCCAGGCCUAUGCUGAGAUUCUACUUAAUAGGUGGAGGCAUACCGAUCAUUGUGUGUGGAAUAACAGCUGCUGCUAACAUCAAAAACUAUGGUAGUCAAGUCAAUGCUCCUUACUGCUGGAUGGCAUGGGAACCCAGUCUUGGUGCGUUUUACGGCCCGGCAGCCUUCAUCGUUUUCGUGGACUGCAUGUACUUCCUCAGCAUUCUCAUUCAGCUCCGCCGGCACCCCGAGCGCCGCUUCGAGCUCAAGGAACAGUCUGAGGAGCAGCAGCACCUUUCUGUGGCCGAAGCGACCGAAAUCACACCGGCCCUCCUGGAGUCCUCGUCUGCAGCCGCCGAUCAACCAGUCCCGAUGUCGGCUCUGGAGAACGAACAUACUUUUGUGGCCCAACUCAUUGGCGUGGCAGGGUCUCUUGUGCUUUAUGUCGCUCUGUGGGUGUUUGGUGCUCUUGCGGUGUCCCAAGAGCAUCCGGCAGAUUUGGUGUUUGCCUGCCUCUUCGGCACCGCCGCUUUGGCUCUCGGGGCGUUUCUUGUGGCGCACCACUGCGUGAACCGUCAGGACAUGCGGCGUCAUUGGUCACGAGCUUGUUGCCUGGUUCGCCGUAACUACGCCGUAGAGGUCGAUUCCCUGCUGUUGCCUGUCGCCGGUGGCUCCGUCUUGACAGCAAGGGGAAACGGCGAAACUGCGAAGUGUCCAGCCAGCAGCGCCGAAUCCUCGUGCACUAAUAAGAGCGCGCCGAGUGUCUGUAACUCCACUCAAGGCUGUAAACUGACCAAUCUGCAAGUGGAAGCCGCUCAAUGCAAAGCGGCCCCUUCUACGGCCAAUGGGACGGCGUUAUUGGACAACAGCUUGACUGAACAUUCAGUCGACAAUGAGAUUAAGAUGCACGUCGCACCUGUUGAGGUCCAAUACCGCCCCAAUUCGGUCAACAAUAACAAUCUUCCGGGAACGGGCAAUGCGAACAUCAACGGCCAAUCAGGGCGACACCACAAGAACCGUUCAAGAAUGCAUCGGGCCAGUAGGCUCACGGUUUUGCGUGAGUAUUCAUACGACGUUCCCACCAGCGUGGAGGGCAGCGUGCAAAGCGUCCCGCACAAGCGCCACCAUCAUCACGAGAGCCUGCAGGCCCGUAACAGUCGACGGGCGGCGUAUUUGGCUUACCGGGAGCGCCAGCAGAGCCAACUUCAGCAGGACAGCAGCGACGCCAGCACCAGUGUGCCGCGUCGCCCGCGCCACCUCCCCAAAGGUGGAGGCAUCCGCCUGGGUAACAGUUUUGGGCACGGGCUCAGCAACAACGUGGGGAACGGCGUCGGUAAUGAAGGCUUAGUCGGAGGAGGGGACGGAUCGGGGACCGACGCCACCAGCCAAACUAGAGACUGUCCAAAACAGCCCCUCGCUGUUGAACUGGAGGUGCAGCCCAAGUCUUACGGGUUGAACCUAGCGUGCCAAAACGGACCUGCCAAAGACGCAGAGAGGCUACAGAAUUUGUCGCCCCUGAACGUGGAGAGUUCUGGGAAUAUCAAGACUGGCUUGUGGAAGCAUGAAACUGCUGUGUAGCGAGAUUCCCUUCUCAGAGACUACAA